UUGUUUUACUGCUGGUCAAAGCCGCGCUUCUCUUGUCUGCUCAACAAAAUGAAAUGUGCAAUCUACGCUACGUCAACGAGGUAGAAGCAAGUUGAAAAGAGAGAAACGGAAAGAGAAAAAGUUAAAGUGUUCCCCGACUAAGACCCGACCUGUCGCACAAACGUUGGUUGCGUAUCAAACGCGUUUGGCGCAAGAAUUUUGUUCAGUUUGUCGUUUGAAGAAGACCUGUCGUACCGCGUUGGGUUGCGUAUCGCAUGCAAUUGGCGCAAGAAUUUUAUCCUGCGCGGUAUACAAGCUUGUUUGGGUAACAAGGCUCAUUUUGCAGCAUUAGCUCAACCGAUAAAGUCAUCGAAACGCAGAAACGGACUGCGUAAGAAAGCUGCAGAGAACCAAUUAAAGGUGAAAUAAAAAGGUGAAACACAUUAGAAGAAAUUCACAAAAACGUGCUCAAUCUAGUUCAGAUUGGAUGUGAUUUUUCAGUGUAGCUGUGUUUUAACAUGUGUGUUAUGUGUAUUCCAAUAUCAUUCCAAUAAGUUUGAUUUUGUUAAAGAGUUAUAAAAUGUGUGUAUCUAUGUUUGUGUAUUAGUGUAUUGUGAAAUACAAAGCAAUGGUUGAAUUGGUGUAUUCCUUGUAUUCCUUGCAUCAGUGUUCUAUGUCGUAAUGUCGAUAUUCUGUAGAAAUUAGGUUCGAUUUAUAGUGAUAAAGGUUGUGAAUGCAGUUUUAUGUUGAAAGAUUUUUGGUGUGUGAAUUCCGUUUGGAAUCGAUUCGAUCGACCGAUUUCAUUACAUUGCCGAGAAUUGUGGGCCUGUUUCAAAUGGUUUUGAUCAAUCUCAGUCGAAUUGGUUCGCAUAUUACGAAAGUGGAGUAAACGCGCGACAGGAAAAGCAAUUUAUUUUCAACGCACUGUUGAACUGUGAUGGUGCUCGACGUGCAAAAUUUCUAUCGUAAGGAGCCCGACCGGCUGAGGCAGCCGCGAUUCGUGUAGCUCUGCCAUGACCAAGCAUCUCUGGAAUUGCGAUACAUCCUGGCGAUGUGUCCAGGCAUUGGCAGUGAUCCUGACCAUCCUGCUAUUGCCCGGUACAGGUGGUGCAUUGGAUCCCGGCAUCGAUCUAUUGGAAGCACUAAAUAUACAAUCAAAUAUAUCCCAGUAUCCUGGGAUAACGGUUACGCAAUCCAGAGUUUUCCAUUUAUCAGGUCUCGAUCGAAAUCUUGUUCUUCCGGCUGCGGUUUUUCACCGGGCAGUCGAGCAGAUGAAAAAAUCUUCAGAAUUUACCUUUUCCGUUGUCCUAAAGCAAGAACAAUCAAACUCUGGGACCAUAAUAUCAUUUUCCAACGGAAUUAAUAGGUAUUUAGAAUUACAAUCAAGUGGAAGACGUGACGAAAUACGUUUUCAUUACACACACAUAACAGCAGCGGGUGUUACGCAGAUUCUAACGGAAACAUUUCCGUAUCGACUUGCGGACGAUAUCGAGCACAAGGUGUCACUUACUGUUAGCGGCACUGAAAUGCAGCUAUUCAUCGACUGCCAUCCACUGUAUAAAAGAGUGACACAUUUUUUACCAGAUAGAAAUUUUAGUGCUUCCAAUAUGCAAUUAUUCGUCGGACAAAGGAACUCAAAUAGUCAUUAUUUAUUUAAGGGAGAAUUAAAAGAUUUACGUCUUAUAACUGGGUCUUAUGGUUAUUUAUCUCAAUGUGAGUUGAUGGAUGCACAAUGUCCUACUUGUGGACAAUUUUUAGAAUUAGAAAAUGCUUUACUAGAAUUAAAAAAAACAAUGUCACUGUUAACAAAAAGGCUAGUGGAAGCAGAGAAGCGUGUCUCGUAUAUUGAGGAAUGUGAUUGUAAAAAAUCAUGCUUAAUAAAUGGUACAACUAAAAACGAUGGAGAUGCCUGGGAUAUUGGAUGUAGUCGUUGUGAGUGCAGGCAAGGAAUAGUCAAAUGUGGUCCAAGACCAUGUCCAGAGGUUAAAUGUAAACAUCCAGUAUUAAAAGAGGGCGAAUGUUGUCCUGUGUGUUUGAAAAGCUGUUACAUUACUAAGAAAGACUUUGAACAUGGUGAAAUCCAAAUCUUAGGCUGUAGAAACUGUUCGUGUGUAGAUGGUAAUAUGCAUUGUGAAUUCCUGCAAUGCCCCGAGCUGAAGUGUCCACCGGAGCAACAAAUGUCAGUAACGGAUGAAUGCUGCAAAUUUUGUCAAGAUACUCCACAUAGGCGAAAAGUACGGCCACACAAACGACCGCAGGGCGGUGGCGGCGGCGGUCAUAAGCGGCAACAUCCCAAAAAUUCUACUCACAGAAACAAACAUUCAAAGAAAAAGAAGCACGAUCAAGCAUUACAGUUGCAUACGACAGAAGAUGUGGAUGAGUGUACUCAACAGGGUGGUCUUAAUGGUAACCACUGUCAUCUUAACACACGAUGUGUUAACACCUUUGGUUCGUACAUUUGCGAAUGUUUACCUGGCUAUCGAAGACAAGAUAAGUUCAACUGCAUAGAGAUGGAUGAAUGCAAGUCUGGCGAGCACAAUUGCCACGAGGACGCAGAUUGCAUUAACACAUUGGGCUCAUUUCAUUGCCAAUGUAAGGAGGGUUACACGGGCAAUGGACACGAUUGUAGGCCCGUCUGCAAUCAAACCUGCUUGAACGGUGGAGAAUGUCGCUCGCCUAAUGUCUGUACAUGUCGAACGGGUUACAUUGGCGAAUCAUGUGAAAAGGAUCUGGACGAGUGUACAACAGGUUUGCACCGGUGUAAGGAUACGACAGAUUGCGUUAAUAUGCCGGGCUGGUACUUCUGCAAAUGCAAGGCUGGAUUCGAAACCAAAGGCAAGGAUUGUGUAGAUAUAGAUGAGUGUUACCUCAAUACGCACAGCUGUCACCCAACGGCCCAGUGCGUAAACACACCAGGGCACUUCACAUGUGAAUGUCCGAUCGACGACGAUUCGGAUUGCAGAUUAAGCUGUAUGUUCGAAGAUCGUGAACUGAAAGAUGGCGACAAGGUAUCCCCCAGCAAUGCGCCAUGCAAAAUAUGUACCUGUACGAAAGGUGUUAUAAGCUGUGUGGAACCUCCAUGCAACUGUUCAACAUGGCGUCCAGGGGUCGUGAGUGAACUAUGUUGUCCGCAAUGCGAUCCGAAACAAUCUUGCCAACACCAGGAGCUCAAACAUGUCACGUUCCGCAGUGGCGAACAGUGGAUAUAUCAAUGUCAAACGUGUGAAUGUUUGUACGGCGAAUUUGACUGCUGGAAUCUUGAAUGUCCUCCACUAAUAUGUGAUAAUCCUAUGCCGGCCGGACCGGCAGAUUGUUGUCCCCGAUGUCCUAACGAUAGGUGUGGUUUUGAGAACCUUACCAAACUAUUAACCAGUAGUAGCAGUGAAGGCGUCGGUAUCGGAACAACAUGUUUAUACGAAAACCACGUAUACCCACCUGGACCAUUUAAAUAUCCGUCCAGAGAUUGCACAACCUGUUCCUGUAAGGUCCCCUACUGUGCCCUACUGAACGGGAAAAUCACCUGCCGUUACGACGAUAAUUGCAGUAUUGCUGACAAUCGUGGUGCACUGCGAAUGGUGGAAGAGCAUCAUGCGAACAAUAGGCUCAACUCUAGCACUUAUACUCGUAAAUCAUCGCAAGCAACGACUCCAAAGAUGUUGGUGCCCCACCACCACCACCCACAACAACAACAAAGCUAUCGUUUUCCUCACAGGACACCGACGACCAACAGUUUAUCGAAAGAAAAUAUUAUCCGAUUUGACCGAAGCAGCAAAACAAAACCAACAAACGGAACCAUUACAUGGGAGGCGUCAUUUAGUGUGGCAGAAUAUGGAAGCAGCACAAUUAGUAGUACGCAGCACCGAGGAUCACAACAAACGGCCGUUGAUGAAAAAUUUGUUAUUGCCUCGCCCACACACUCUGCAAGUAAAGUAGCGCAAGACGCAAUUGUACAUGCCGGUAUGGCUGUACCUACAAUUUCAUCCGAAUCAGAAACUUCGUUUGAGUAUGGUACUGAAGCAGAACCCAGUAAAGACAUCUCCCUACCGGCAACAACGUAUACACAAAAUAUACCACGCAAUAGUAACUCAGAAGAACAUAACAAUUAUACAAAGCACGUCUCAUCUGCUACAAAACAACGAACAGGCAUUACAUCUUCAGCAACGACACAGGGCCAGCGAACAAAAAUACAUAAUAAACAACCUUUUUUGCAAAAGUUACCGUUAAUCGAUUCGAUUAGCGGUUUCGACACUGAUGUAGCAACAAGAAGCCGCCGUAACACGAAGCGUAGUGAACGAGGAUGAAGUUAUGAAGUUCGCAAAACAGCCCUUUAAUUCGAACGCAAACCAAAUCUAUUCCAAAAUUACUUUACGAUCUUACCGAAAAUUUUCGACACAACGAAUUUAUCAUAAUUUAUGUCGUUGGAGCUACUUCGAGAAACUUAUGUAUAUGAUAUCAUACGCACAUAAUUGAAAACUGUAUCGCAUUUAAUUUAACAUUGAUGAAUGCUACGAUAAAUUAUGAUAUUUUUGGGUUUUCACAAGCAAAGUUUCAUAGUCUAAAAAACGGAAUAACAUAAAGUACAGUACCCAAAGUAUUAAUCAUUAGUUAACACUCUUAGAUUGUUUCGGCCAAACAAAUCAAUCGCUGUUUAAUUUUACUAUCAAUUUUAUGGAGAAAAAUAAUAGCAGUACAGCUUAGCCGUCUUAAAAAAAGAAGUCAGGUCAAAGAAAAAAAAAUGUCUUCAAUUCAAAAUUGAAAAUUCGAUUGAUUAUUGAACCACCUUCAAUAACAUAUUUCAACGCUUUCAACAUUAACAAUAGUUGUAUGUUAUAUAUAGUAUGAAUAUCACUUUAAAUACUAUAUAUAUAAUAUAUAUAACACAUGUAAAUCGACACUGAAUCCCCAUUAUGUCUAUUAAAGCAGUUCAUCAAGUACAAUUUCAAAAUAGAAUCAAAAACACAUGCCUGUUGUAAUAUUGAUAUCAAUCAGGUUUUGAUAUUUUAAAGAUCAAAUGCUUGUACCGACCGACAUAUAUUCUAAGAAAGAUUCCUCCCCAACUCCGCCUUCAGUCAUAUAAAAAAAUAAUAAACAAACGCAAUUAAACAAACGAAGAAGCAGAAAACCAGUUUUAAAGCCACAGGACAAAGUAUGCUAACAUGUUUUGAAUUUUUAAAAUUAAUUUUAAAAAAAUCAGUCUCUCAAACUGACAUGAGCAACAUAAUCGUUGAAGUUGGUCUGGAUCAAGGUGAAAACUUUAAGCAACUUCAAAGUGGAUAUGAUACACUGUUACGAGUGCUAGACAAAUUUCUGUGUUUCAACAUACGUUUCAUAUAAGUUCGUUGUAAGCUAUAGAAAGCAGAAGAUGUAUAAACAAGAAAACUAUUCUAGCAAACAUUUCAAUGAGUUGCGGAUUACAUUACUAUUACUAUGUGUUCGUUAGUUUGAUUAGUAGGCAUCUGUACUAUCUUUCCACACAGUAGUUGAAGUAUUUUUGCACCAUUUGAAUAAAAAUAAAUAUAAAAAAGGAACAGUUCCAGUAGGUAGUUUAACAAAUUGUGGCACAUCAGUCACGGUUUUCAACAAAUUGCUUGGUUCUAGUCAUGGACGAAAGGGAACUGUAAGGAUAAUUAUUUAUUAGAGCUACAUAUUCUGAUUUUGUUUGUUAUUCAGUUAUUAAUCUAUGUUUGAACGAUUGGAGACAACAUGUUUGCUAUCGAUGGAAUUUACAAGCCAACCUUAUCCACACAAGUAUUCUGAAUAGACGAUUUUAGGCAGUACUAAUAUUUAUAAUUUUCAAUAAUGACCCCUUUUCUAUUAUAAAUUAUAAAGCUUAAAUGUCAGCCUAUCAGUGGAUCAUUAUUCAUCAUUCAGGUUGUAUUUUCCGUACCUAUUUGCUAACUGCCAAGAUUGGCCAUUUUGGAUUUCGCCAAACGUGAACCAAAAAAGAUACAUUUCAAAAUCGUUUUAUUUCGUUUUUUCUAUUUUUAAAUGAAUUACAAUACUAUUAAUACAUUUUCAAAUAUCGAUUCAAAAAAAUUUUAACCUUCUUGGACAAAAUAUUUAUGCAGUAGCCAAAAAACAUACAUCAGCUACAUACAUCGAACAUGCAACAAAACAAAUCGGCGUAUUUUUACUCUUUAAUCUUAAUCAAAUAGUCUAGGCCAGCGAUGUCAAACUCAUUUGAGCCUGCGGGUCAAAAUGCCACUGAAAAUAGUAGCACGGGUGGCAGCCUAGUUUUACAUGACAUAUGAUAUGAUAUGAUAUGAUGAUAUGAUACAAAAUCAGUUGAUUAACCGCUCUUUUCAUUUUGAGCUGAUAGUUACGUUACUUAAGUUUAGCUGUAGCAGAUUACUUUCAAUUGGUCAUAGGCCUCUGAUAUUUCCAACAUUUGCAUCAUAGUUUUAUGGCAACUAACAAGUACGCAAAAAUAAUGUGCAAAAACUGGCUAUGACUAACGCGUAAGUUCCAAUACAAAGCAGUAAAUUUUUUAAUGAAAGGUUGAUAUUGGUGUCAUUUUGAUUAUCAAUAUUUUUGAGCUGAAAUUAAAGUAGCGAAUUCUUACUUUUGAUGAUGUCUAAAGUCCAUAAAUUACAACAGGUCGUUUAGUCCCGUUCAGAUCUUUACAGAGGAGUGGAAGAUGUCAUACAAGUCCUUACUACCCGUUAUUCCCUUCCUGCCAAUCUCCAUAGCAAUCUUCAUUCAUUAUAGCGACCAAAAUCAGAGUCAUAAGCUCACCUGUAGUUUAUCUAAUCACAUUGGUCUUGAUAGCCUGAUGAAAGCCUGAUAGAGAUCGUUUGUAACAUUCUAUCAAAAGUAACACGUGUUUGUGCCGACGUCUUAUUCCUUAUGAUUUCAAACGUUAUGCAGAAAUAUAAUAUAAUGCACUACGCUUUAGUAUGACCAAUUUAGUUUCAAUGUUCUAAGAAAGGUUCAACCUUUUCCAAAACAAUAUACCAAAAAAGUGUCAAAAUUCCUUAAGUUUUUAAUUCCUAUUGGCUGAGUGAUUUUGUUAAUUUGUACAAGUCUUUUUCUAAUAAAAAUUGCUUAAUUGGUCGCCAAGUGCCUUGAUUGAUGGCUUAACAAUAAAAAAAUAAUAUUCCUAAACGACAUACAUAUGAGUAAGACAUUCAGGAUUUUAUAUGAGCUUGAAACUAAACCGUGAGUUGUUUCUUUUAAGAAUUGUUUAUCAAAUAUUUGUUUGGCUAACAAAUUUAAUCUUACGGAAAGGGUAUAACAUAAUUUUCAUUUUUUUUACUAAAAUUGUGCCUAAUUGAAAGCUCAGUUUCAUUAAAAUAACCAUGUUUGAUUUGAUGAUGAUGCAUGAUCUAAAAAUUCAUAGAGAAACCUGCUAAGUUGAAAAUCCUUUCAUAUUUCAAGAGUUCGAAAUUGACUGACAUAUACUAUAAAAGCAGAAAUACUUCUACAAAUAAAAUUUGGCUCAAGCGGUCGCGGGCAAAACCAAAAGAACUCGCGGGCCAUCAGUUUGACAUCUCUGGUCUAGGCUAAAAACGUAAGGCGUGUUGCGUGUGGUUUUUAUGAAGUGUUGACUUGAUUUAAGCCGUCAACUCCAUAUAACAAAACACUGGAUACUGAAGCCUCCCAUUGUAAACCGAACCAUGUUGUAACCACGCGGUCCUAAUAUUAUAUUAUUGGGUUAUCGAUACCACACAAAAUAGUCAGCAUGGCUAGUUUGUAAGUUUUACUAAUUUUAUUUCCUAUUAUUGAAGAAAACAUAACAUUUACGAAAACAA